UCAUCAUCAUCGUCAUCAGAAACACAGGAUUCUGAAUCUACCGUAUUGAAUAUCCGUGACGUAACAGUUCACUGCCUCAAAACCUUCAAAUUCCUCAAGAACCUGUGACAAAAAGAUGGCUGAAGAAGAAACAAAGAAAAGUGUUGUUUUCGCAGUUGGGAAUAACAAAAUUAUUUUCUCCGAUCCAUCGGUUCCCAUUUCUGCCGAAGAACUUGGGUCGUUAGACAAAGAUGAAGACCAUCACGACGAGGAUGAAAUUGAUCCUAAACCAUCUUCACCUAAAGACACCGGUAGAUCAUCUUCACCCGAAAGUUCAUGCUCACCAUCUUACAAACCGAGAGAUAUGGAUCCUGAUUCUGUUUCCGACCCAAAUCCCCAUCAAUGGCAUGGGUUUUUAAGAAAAAUCAAAAGGGGGUCCACUUCAACCUUACACGGAUUCCAUCCCACCCUCCAUUCCAUCAAAAGGCUGACCAGAAGAAGAAGCAGGAAAAUAGCCGAAACCAUACCCGCACUACCUCAUGAUUUAGACGCCGAAUUGCAUUGUUUCGAAGCAUCAUGGACAAAUUUCUCACUUGCAGAACUCAAACAUGCAACCAACAACUUUAGCCGUGAAAACUUAAUCGGAGAAGGAGGGUAUUCCGAAGUUUACAAGGGUCAUUUGCCGGAUGGGCAAUUUAUCGCGGUUAAACGAUUAAUCAGGGGUACACCCGAAGAAAUGACUUCGGAUUUUUUAUCGGAACUGGGAAUUCUCGUUCACGUCAAACAUCCGAAUAUUUCUCAUGUUAUUGGCUACGGAGUUGAAGGUGGCAUGCAUCUUGUUCUUCCUUUGUCUCAACAUGGGAGCCUAGCGUCCCUUCUUAGUGGUCAGAAAGGAAAUUUAGAAUGGGGAACGCGAUAUAAUAUUGCCAUAGGCACUGCUUCAGGUCUUUCUUAUCUUCAUGAAGCUUGUCAAAGGAGAAUUAUUCAUAGGGAUAUCAAGGCGGCUAAUAUUUUGCUUUCAGAAGAUUUUGAACCCAAGAUUUCCGAUUUUGGGUUGGCAAAAUGGCUUCCAGAUCAAUGGUUGAACCUCACUGUAUCUCAAUUUGAAGGGACAUUCGGCUACCUUGCUCCCGAGAUUUUUAUGAACGGUUUGAUCGAUGAGAAAACGGAUGUGUAUGCUUAUGGGGUGCUAUUGUUGGAGAUUAUUACGGGCCGUCCUGCUUUAGAUGAAUCACAAAAAAGUCUGGUUAUGUGGGCUAAACCUUUAAUCACUUCAAAAAAGUUUGAUGAACUUCUGGACCCGCAACUUUCUGGUUCAUGUGACUUGGAACAACUGCAUUGCAUUGUGUCAGUUGCUUCGUUAUGUAUAAAUCAUAUUCCAACUGAACGCCCGAAGAUGAGUCAGGUUUACAGAAUGCUAAUAGGCGAAGAAUCCAUACUUGAUGGAAGCAAAAAGUUUCAAAAGAGGCUCGCCUUUAGGAAGGGGAAAUCAGUUGAGUUAUACGAUUCAGACUACGAUCCAGACGACUUGCUGCAAGAUGAUUUGACUCAGCAAAACGAAAUUGCGUUGGAGCUUUAGAAUUUGUUUUGCUGGAUAAUACUAACCCAUGCGGAUAGUGGGAUACUGUUGACUUGGGUUAUCUGUUAGUUCCUUUGAGGGACCCACACGUUUUCGAACAAUAGAAUGUACAGCACGUACGUGUUGGCUCUCGGGGUCAGGAGAAACUGGCAAAAAAUCACCAGUUUGUUCUGUCACAUGGCACCUAUAUGCUUUGUUUAAUUGUCUAUGAUGAAGAAAAUGGUAAAAUAUGAUGUAAUUAUGGAUCAUUGUUGCUCUUAGGUGAUCAUUGAUAUCUGUAUUAUGUUUCUGUUUCUUAUAGAACGGGUAAAUGUUUGUAGUCGAGACCCUGUAAAUAUUCGUUACUAGAAGUCUGAUGAUACUCUUGCUACAAAA